AUGACAAGCUUCCAGGGUUUAGUAGCAGCUGUAUUUAUCUCGGCAAUUGCGUUCCAGUCAUGUCUUGUCCAUGGAAAUUUUUACAGCGACACGUAUUUCAACUGGGGUGCCAAGCAUUCCUACAUUUAUGGCAAUGGUGAUGAUCUUAAUCUGGUUUUGGAUCAGUCUGCAGGAUCUGGUGUUCAAUCACACAAGUCAUACCUUUUCGGAAGCAUUGAAUUGCUAAUCAAGUUGGUACCAGGGAACUCUGCAGGAACCGUCACAGCAUAUUAUCUUUCCUCGACUGGUGACUAUCAUGAUGAAAUCGACUUUGAGUUCUUAGGGAACUCGUCUGGACAACCUUACACUAUGCACACAAACAUCUUUACGGAAGGGAAAGGAAAUAGGGAGCAACAGUUUAAGUUAUGGUUUGAUCCAACCGCCGAUUUCCAUAACUACACCAUUCACUGGAACCCCUCUGCAGUUGUGUGGUUUGUUGAUAGCAUACCCAUUAGGGUCUAUAGAAAUUACAAAAGCGAAGGAAUUGGCUUCCCGAACCAACAAGGAAUGCAGGUCUAUUCAAGUUUAUGGAAUGCGGAUAAUUGGGCAACAAGAGGUGGUUUAGUCAAAAUUGACUGGAGCUGUGCACCUUUCAGGGCUGGGUUGCGUAAAUUUAACCCGAGAGCUUGUAAGUGGAACGGGCCAGUUAGCAUAUUCCAAUGUGCGUAUCCAAACAAGGCUAAUUGGUGGACUGGCCCGGAAUACAAGCAACUGAGCUGGGACCAACAGGGUAAACUAAAGUGGGUUAGAGAUAAUUACAUGAUCUAUAACUACUGUACGGAUUAUGAGCGUUUUCAUUGGCAGAUGGCUCCUGAAUGUUCCAAGCCACAAUACUAA